GACAUCAUAGUCCAACCCACCCUAUUUCUGUUCACUGCUAACUUAAUUUGUACCCUUCAGAUUUAUUCAGAGCAUCAGGAAUCCUGAAGCUAACUCCUCUGGUCCCAAGGCGGAAUCCAGCAAGAGAAUGAGAGUCUGGGUCUUCUUUGUCCUCUGCCUGGCUGGCAAAGCACUAGCUGCACCUCAACAGGAUGCUCUGCCAGAAGAGGAAGAGGUGAUAGAAGAUGUCGUGACAGAUGAACCUGUUGUUGGAGCAAACCCAGUGCAGGUGGAGGUUGGGGAGUUUGAUGAAGCAAUUGAUGUUGAAGAGGAGGAAGAGAUUGUGCCAGAGAAUCCUUGCCUGAACCAUCACUGCAAGCAUGGCAAAGUCUGUGAGGUAGAUGAGAACAAUACCCCAAUGUGCGUGUGCCAAGACCCCUCCACCUGCCCUGCCAGUGUGGGAGAGUUUGAGAAGGUCUGUGGUAAUGACAAUAAGACUUAUGAUUCCUCUUGCCACUUCUUUGCAACCAAAUGCACCCUUGAAGGCACCAAGAAAGGCCACAAGCUUCAUCUUGAUUACAUUGGACCAUGCAAAUUCAUUCCUCCAUGUGUGGACAGUGAGCUGAACGAAUUCCCUCUGCGUAUGCGUGACUGGCUUAAGAACGUGCUUGUGAGCCUAUAUGAACGCGAUGAGAACAACAACUUGCUGAAUGAGAAACAAAAGCUGAGAGUGAAGAAGAUCCACGAGAACGAGAAGCGUCUGGAAGCUGGGGACCACAGCAUGGAACUUCUGGUACGCGACUUUGAGAAGAAUUACAACAUGUACAUCUUCCCUGUGCACUGGCAGUUUGGACAGCUGGACCAACACCCCAUUGAUGGAUACCUUUCCCACACUGAGCUGUCUCCUCUUCGUGCACCUCUGAUCCCCAUGGAACACUGCACCACCCGCUUCUUUGAAGAGUGUGACAUUGAUAACGAUAAAUAUAUUGCCUUGGACGAAUGGGCCAAGUGCUUCGGUAUCAAAGAUGAAGACGUGGAUAACGAUAUGAUUGUCUAAGAAACAUCAAGGGAUUUCUGUUUCAUACAGUUUUAUUUGUUUAAUAUUUUAUUUUGUACCUCCUCUUUCAUGUUUUAGUUUGUUAUAUUUGUCUCUCUUAAUUGGGCGGCAAAAAGGUGCUAACUUAGAACAAAUGAUUCUAUUAACGGUGCUAAUGACCAACAAAACAACAACAACAAAAAAGAAUUUCAGGAGGAGAAUCACAGUGUGUCACCGCUAACUCGGAAAUCUGUUGUCUGACCAGUUCAUUCUUUCUCCAUUUGUUAAUUUGUCUGACUCCUAAUUCAGCUUAUUCCUCCCUUAUUAAAAAAAAUGAAAAUCACGUGGCUUAUAGCAGCAGAGACUUUGAUGUUGUUUCGUUUUACUUUUUAUGGCUACUUAAAAAAUGGAAUGUUAAAGCAGGACUUUAACCCCUUCCCUGCUGGAGUAGCCACAAAAAACAUUGCUGAGACUCUCUAGCAAUGAAGGGGUUAACCCCUGGCAGGCAUGCAGGGGCUGGGCAGGUGGUGUGUGUUUUUGUUUUAGAUGGGCAUAGGCUGAGCACUCCUUAUGAGUUUGUUGGCAGAUUGGUUUAUCCAGAAUGUUUCUUUUUAUAUUUUAUUUGGCCUAACUUAAUUGAAACAGUGGCACACAAUUCUAUACAAAAUAAAAGUUUGGAAAAAAUUGCA